AUGCGGGAAGCUCAUUUGGCGGCAAGCAUAACACAGGUGUCUGCGAGUGCUUCGUGCGAGCUUGUGACUUUAUAACUGUGUUGUCUGCAUGGAAACGUUCGCUUUACCACGCCCUUAUAGCCGUUGUGUUGUUAUGCGUAGGCUUUGAACAGUUCGCCUCCGUGAGUAAAGGUUGAAUGACUGCUGUUCGACCACCACCAUAACGGAGACGCCGGGAAGACGCUGAGCGGGCUGAACUACCUCGACGCCGUAAAUAAUGGCAAUCCGUCACCGACGCAUAUUUUCGUGAACGUUGCCGCCACUUCGGACAUUGUGAACAAUAUGCCUACGUUCCAGCAAGACCUUAAGGACACGGCGGUUCAGCUCGUGAAAUCUCUCGAGUGCCCCAUUUGCCUGGAAAUUUUACGGGAUCCGUUGUCAACGAGUUGUCAUCAUAGAUUCUGCAGAUUAUGUCUGGAAAAGGCACUCCAAGACAACUACAAGAUUCCCUGUCCACUUUGCAAAGCUGUGGUCACGAAAAGGAGCCUCACCCAGAGUGACCUCAUAGUCAAGCUGGUGGAUAAGGUGAAGCAACUGGUGCAGGCUGUGAAGAAUGACACUGGUGUGGAAGUCACACCACCAAAGAGCCAGUUAGAACCAGCAAAUGCAUCUCUGGAGCGGCGUUCUGUUCAUUCAGCUGCCCAGAAAGCGGCGACAUCGUGCAAAAGUUCCCUGAGUUUUGGCUCACGUGCAACGAACAAAAGGGCAUUUGUCGUGCACACUGACGACGGGCCAAACCGCCACCCGCCGCGGGCGGCUGAGUCACGUGACGCCGGUGCCGCGAGGGGUCCGGCCGCUUGCGCCGUACACACUCGAGGACCAGAACGAGAGGGAGAUGCGUGGGCCGAGGCUAGUUCAAGCCUCUCGCCGCAGCUUGAUGCCGACAUUGGUGCCGCCAGCAAAAGGCCAAGGCCUACUUCCAUUGCUGUGUAA